GUUUUGGGUGUCACUAGGCGAGAGAGAGAGAGAGAGAGAGAGAGAGAGUGGAAGACAGAUGGGGGGUGCGUUCUGGGGGACGAGGGUGAUGGAGAUAGUGAAGAAGCACGACUCUGGAGGUCUGGUCUGGAAGCGAAUUAAGCUCACCCCUACUCGCAAAGCCAACGCCAAGAAGCGCCUCCUCCGCGUUUGGCAGAAUGAGGCUGUCCUGAGGGCAUGUUCUGAACCACCUUCUUCAAAAACUUCAGGGGCUGGUACUGAUAUAUCUAGUGAGAAAGACAUCAGGAGCAGCUAAGUCAGUUGACAAAAUGAGUAAGAACACUAGGAAAGCCUGAAAGGAGUGCUUUUGUGAUUCUUGGCUUCAUAGUGCAGUUUUUCUUUUCAUUUGAAGUGUAGCAUGAAACUUUAGCUGGAUAUUAAUGAUGACCACCAUUUUGAUCACUCCAUAAUAUUGAACUUUAUACAGUCGUGUCUCUAUAAUAUAAUUUAAUGGUUAUUACUUA